AUGGCUGCUGGGGACCACGGGGCGGCUGAAAUAUGUGAGACCAAGUACGGUAAGGAAGGAGGAAGUUGUAAUGGGGGAAGAAGAGGAAGUGGCCCUCAGGCCUCACUGUUGACCACAUGGACUCUUCCAGCUGCAGCCCAGAUUGCCCUGCAGGCCAGUCCACAUAACAUCCGACAACUGAACAAGCCCACCAUUUCAACCAGCCCGGGCACUGUCAUAGAGCACAAGACAGUGGUAACCUUCUACUGCAGCACCCCAGAUGUCAGUGUCAAAAUCUACUGGGUCUUCAACAAUGUGCCUCUCGUGCCCAACGAGCGCAUGCAGCUGUCUGCAAAUGAUACGACCCUCACCAUCCUCACUGUGCAGCGGGAAGAUGCCGGGGUUUACCAGUGUGAAGUCUGGGGUGAAGGAGAGAUCCAGAGCAGCAACAUUGUCCUCCUGGAGGUGAACUAUGGUCCUGACCCUGUUGAGAUCAAGGUGGAGUCGGGUGAACUCAACGGGGAGGUUGUUGAGGUGAUGGAGGGCUCCACCGUGAAAUUCCACGCAGAAACACAGAGUCACCCCGAGGCCACCUACACCUGGUAUCUCCCCAAUGCCUCUGUCCUGGAUCUUACCACGAGAACAUUUACCAUUCCUGAAGUGUCCAAGACAGAUGCGGGCAUCUACAGGUGCCUGGUGUAUAACAGUGUCACCAGCCUGUCCCAGAUGGGUGCUCUUAAAGUCCAAGUCCUUGGAAGUCUGACCAAGCCUCAAGUGGUGUCCCUGAGCCUGGAUUUCGUGGAGAACACCAACUCCACGACCCUGACCUGCCAGACCCUCAACGAGGAGGUCGGCGUCCGCUGGUUCGUGGGGGGUCAGCCCCUGCUGCCCAGCGAGCGCCUGGUGCUGUCAACCGACAACAGGACCCUGGAGAUCCGCAGCCUCUGGCGGGACGACUCGGGCUCCUACCAGUGUGAGAUCUGGACUGGGGCCUUGCAAGCAUGGAGUGACCCCUUCGAGCUGACCGUCAGCUAUGGCCCGGAUUCUGUGCACAUCACCAAGGACUCUGUGUCUGGGGCACUCGGCACCGUGGAGGUGAAGCUGGGCUCCAACCUGACCCUGCAGUGCUGGGCUGAGUCCCAGCCAGGUGCCGAGUAUCACUGGAGCUGUGAGCACCCCGGCUGGUACUACGCAGGGGCACAGCUGGUCAUCCAGACUGUGACCUGGGGGCACAGGGGCGUCUGCAACUGCACAGCCUACAACACUCAGACCAGCCUGGCCCUCUCUGCCUCUGUCCUGCUCAGCGUGGUAGGUCCCCAGCCAUCCUCUCCAUCUGCGGGGAUCAUCGCUGGCACCGUCAUUGGAGUUCUGAUUGUCAUUGCCCUGGUGGCAGGACUGGGCUAUUACAGCUGGAAGGCCGGCUGGCUCUCAAGGAUAUUAGCAGAUGAUCCGCAGCCGAGGGCCUCAAAAUCUACCUUUGGGAGGAAGCACUCUGCAGAGGGCAUUUCUGGCUUGCAGGGUCCUUUUUUCGUGAAAACACCUGAGUCCCAGGAACAUCCUAAAGUCGGUGAGGUGUUCCGGCCAGCAUCCCCAGAUGCGCGCUACGAGAGAGUACCACCUCCAGCCUUCACCUUUGGUCUGCAUCCCGAGAACCAAUUCCCCAGGGCUUCAGGGGAGCUACAGCGCCCCUCUCUACCAGAAGCAGAUGGGGAGUCAAACUACCAGCAACUCAUCAACCCAGAUGCUGACGUGUACUGCCAGAUCAACUUGGCAGGCUAACAGAAGCAGAGACCCUUUCUCCAGAGGCUGAGUGAGACCACGCUAAACCAUGCAUUCAACGAUGUUUACUGAGUGCAUAUUGUAAUACAAUCACUGCUUGUUGCCUCUGUAGACUGCGUGAUGUUCUAUUUCAGUGUGUUGCUCGGCGUCAGGGCUGAUUCUAGAUUUUAGAUUUUCAUUUGUUUAAAGGCAAUAGAAACCAGUGAAAGUGGCAGCCUUUAAACUAGAAGUUGGGGACCAGGUUUUGAGACUCAGCAGCUGAAGGUUCCGGGAUUUCACAUGAGCACAUGGUGGGUGGCCACAGGAACCAGGCACAGUCUGAGCUGGAGGCACCCAGGGCUGUGUGCACAAGCUCACAAAUGUUCCUGCCUAGUGCAGGCAUGUGAGACUUCGCCCGCUGGUGAUGUGUGCCCACGCGUGUGGAGUGUGGCUAACCAGGGAUGCGCUCCCAAAGCUGGGUGUCUGGGUUGCUUUUGGAAGGUCAGUCUUAUCGGCAUCCACUGCCCAUGUGAGUGACCUCAGGGACUGAAGUUCAGAGCCCUAGCAAGAAACCAGGUGUCCUCCAUAAAAACUCCUAUCUCAACAAACUUGCAUAAAACUUGCACAGCCUUGCUCAAGUGCAAAAACACCCUCAUCAGUUAGAACACUGUAAGAACUCAGUUCUCAGAAGUCAGCUGAAAAUCAGUGAAGCACACAGGCCUUUCUUGGAAAUGUGCAGGGUUUGGGAAGCUGGGUCUGCUACACCAAGCCCAAGGAGAGGGGAUGAAGACGGGGUGGAGCAGGGGCUGACAGCUGGGACCCGGGUCUCUCCAGUGUUUAAGCAGAGAUCAAGCAAAGGAGACGGACGGGACUGAAGGAAACAAGAGGAAACCAAGAACGCAAAACUGUAGAAACCAAGAAGACGCUCCAAAACGGAUUGUUAGUCAUGGAGCUGUGACAAUCAGGGUAACAAUAGCAAUUCAGAUUUUUAAAAAACGAAUCACUAGAUGGGACGCAGGAGACCAAUGUUAAGUUCUCAAAUGCUGCACUUGGUAAUGCCAGAAACAUCUUCUGAUUUGAACUCUGGAAGCUUCCCUGCUCCCUGACAAGAGACUUCCCCUCUUCCCCAGGAUUCCAGACACAGAUUCCGGUCUCCCUCCCCGUAGACACUCUUAUGUUUGUCUCUUCCAGUAUAUGCCGAGCUUUCAUCCAGUAUAUGCCGAGGUUAAUGUGACCUCAGCAUGAAACUUCAGUCUCCCGGCUGCUCCUAAACAGCUGAAAAGGAAGCCUCUGAGACCAGUGGCUUCCUGGUCCUCCCGGGGGCUGUCCUAAAGUCCCUGUGGUGGUCAGACUAGGCCAGAACUGGGGGAUCUUGUGGGUAGACAUUAUAACCUCGUGAAAGAUCCAAAAAGCUAAAGCAAAAGACAGUGAGUUUUCAAUUAAACAUUGCUAACACUUUAUUGCUUGCAUGUCUUGAAUAAAGAAUUAAACAAAACAACUGAAAAGCAGAAAGGAAGAAGAACUAACGAAGCACCCAACUGUGACUUUUGUUGUAUUUGUGCUUGUGGAUCAAUCUGUAAGAUAUGACAUCUUUCCAAAAGAGCCAGGGAGAUGGCUUUGCUGUGGGUCUUUUACCUCCAGAGAACCAUUUUCAGAAUUUCUUACAUUUUGUAUUUAGCUUGCUGAAUUUAUUUGUAGGGUCUUUUUUUUCUACCAUGAAUAAAUGUAAAUUUUUUUUCUA